AUGCAUAUAAGAGAAAGUGCUGGAUUUUAUGACUUAUGUGUAAAUGUAUCAGGAAAUGAUACACAAAAUUUACAUUCUAUACUAUUAAAGUUACACGAAUAUGGAUUCAAAACAAUAGCAAUAAAUACCAAUGUAGAUGAAAGUGUCUUUGGAACAGACAAGAAAAAGAAGAAAAAAAGUGAUGAAAGUGAAAUAUCGCAGGGUAUCAUCCUUGAAACAGUUAAUAUAGAAAAUCUAAGAAGGGAAUUUGAUGGCAAAUUAAAAAUUUUUAAUCGAAUUACUUUCUUUUGUUCUGAUCCUACUAAAGCCCAUGCAUUAAAUCAUUGUUCAAGUUUAAAGAAAUAUGAUCUAUACUCUUUUGCUCCAAAAACACAAAAUGCUUUACAAUUUGCAUGUACUCAAUUGAAUGCAGAUAUAAUAACACUAAGACCACAUACUGUAACUUUCAAAUUUAAUAAAAAAUUAUACGAACAAGCAAUUGAAAGAGGAAUACAUUUUGAAAUUCAAUAUGUAGAUUUAUUAAAUGUAGAAUCUAGAAAACAGACCAUUCACUAUUCCCAUCUUUUUCAUACCUAUGGAAAAAGUAAGGUACAAAAAUUAAGCAAUAUGUAUGUAAUAUUAUCCAGUGGUACUAGUGAUGUUAAAACAAUCAGAAAUCCUUAUGAUCUUAUAAAUUUAGCAUGUUUACUUGGUUUGAAUGAAGUUAAAGCAAAAGCUUCAAUAUUAUAUCAAUGUAGAAGGCUUCUUUUACGAGCAGAAAGGAGACGCAGAGGAAAGGCUGCUUUUAUUAUUGAAGAUCAAAUAAAAAGAACCAAUAUUACUCAAGACUCAAACUUUUCAAAAAAAUUAAAACUAUAA